UACAACAGAUAUCGACACGCCGUUGCAGUCUCCACGUGUGAAAAUGAAUGACAAAUACAGAAAAAUCCGAUCACAAAGCCUGCCUAAUUGGAAUGGCGACCAGGAUGACAAGUUACACUACCGACUGACCAUCAUGGGCGCCGCCGGGGUCGGCAAGAGCUGUAUCAUCUCACAGUUCCUAUACGACCGCUUUAUUAGUGAGUACAAAGAAACUGUGGAGGAAUUCCACCGCGGGGAAUACACCGUGGACGGCCGAGAAUUGAUCCUGGACAUUUUAGACACCGCGGGUGCACAUUCAUUUCCGGCCAUGCGCAGACUGGCCAUCUCAACAAGUGACGCUUUUGUUUUGGUGUAUUCUAUUGACGAUGAGUCCUCGUUUCAAGGAGUGAAAUAUUUGCGAGACAUUAUUUUAGCAGAGCGAAAAGGAGAAAAUGUACCGAUAGUAGUCGUGGGUAAUAAAUCUGACAUUUCUGAAGAAAAGAGAGCCAUUAUGAAAGAGACGGCGAAGUCCAUAGUGUGUUUUGACUGGGGAAAUGGCUACGUCGAGGCUUCCGCAAAGGACAGUAUAAAUGUGGUAGGAAUUUUCAAAGAAAUCCUUCGGCAAGCCAAUAUCGAGAUUAGCAAAACUCCGUUACCGAAAAGAAAAAGGUUCCCUUCCACGUCAUCGGAUGGAUCUGACAUCUCGAACUCUCCGUCCCGUGAAAGAAACAAAAGUUGUGUGAUAUCUUAAACUGAUUGCCAUGUCUUAUUUUUGUACAGUAUGAAUGCUUUUUUGUGAAGAAUAAAAAAAAAAAUUUCAAAAA